AUACAUUGAGCCGGACCUGAAUUCACGUUAGCAUAGAAGGACUCUCAUGCGGACGAAGAACUGCCACGGUGUCGCCUAAAAGGAGAGAGCUGGGCAGGCAAGAAGGCAAGACCUUCAUUCUAUCAAGCCAUACGAUUCUCGACGUCCUCAGUCACGCAUCUGAUUUUCUGGAGUGAAAUGGCGAGUUUGAGAAGAAGUCUGAUUAGCGUGCACCGAAUCCUCAAUUCCAGCCGAAGCUUUGCCGCAGCCACUUCGUCUCAGGCCCCUUUCAGAACUCAAUAUCGAUGGGUUUCUGGUUUUUCUCCGAUUGCCAACAAUAAUACUCAGUCUCUAGAUAUCGAUCUCUCCAACGAAGAGAGCAAGAGACGCUUAUUUAACAGGCUGUUAUAUAGGAGCAAACAACGAGGGUUUCUGGAGCUGGAUUUGGUUCUUGGGAAAUGGGUAGAGAAGCAUAUUCAUUCCAUGGAUGAGGACGGUGUUAAAGCUCUCGUUCACGUCCUUGACCUGGAAAACCCAGAUCUCUGGAAGUGGCUUACAGGCCAGGAGCAACCCCCUGAAGCAGUGAAAAUAAAUCCGGUGUUUACUUCAAUGCAUGACAAGGUUAUGAACAACCUCAACAGUUAUGCUGCUCCAGAGACACGAGCAACACCCGGGCAGCCAUGGGUAAGAGGGUGGGAUGAUAUCAAGAAAGGUCCAGGCGGCCCUAUAGCCGGGAACCAGUAGCUCUGCAAUCACCUCUGAUCUAGGUCUUGAAUGAUGUCUUCUACAACAAUGUAAAGAAAUAAAAUGUGACUUUUUUUUUUCAUUGCUAUUUGUUUUCCCAUGCCUAGCCGUCUCUAGAUAUAAAUAAGGGCUUUGCUGUAGUGAAUCAAACCAUUACGGGAGCCUUGCCUCUGGGCUUUAGGCCCAUGUGCUGUAUCCAAAUUGGCUUAUUGUAAUGUACUCAAUGUAGUAUACUUCAGCUCAAGUGGCAAAUGCCCAGUUUGGUAUCCGCACUCGUCCUACAUAUAUGAAAAUCACAUUUUCUCUGUUCAA